AAAGAGAGCAGGUUUUAAAAAGAGAGGCUAGGGUUUUAGCUUUCCAUUGCUUCCAUCUCUUCUUCGACCCUCGCAGCUCUAAUAGCCAAACAAUGAGCAACGAAAAGGACAACUUCAACAUGUCCGAUCUCAAUGCCGCUCUCAACGAGGAGGAUCGAGCGGGCCUCGUUAAUGCUCUCAAGAAUAAGAUUCAGUCUCUGGCUGGGCAGCACUCCGAUUUGCUAGAGAGUCUAUCUCCGAAAGUCAGGAGGCGUGUCGAGGUUCUCAAAGAGAUCCAGAGCCACCAUGAUGAAUUGGAGGCAAAAUUUUUUGAGGAGAGAGCUGCUCUUGAAGCCAAAUAUCAAAAGUUGUAUCAACCACUAUACACCAAGCGAUAUGAGAUUGUAAAUGCUGUUGUUGAAGCUGAAGGAGUUACAGAUGAUGCUGCAAAGGAAGGAGAGGAUAAAGCUGAUGAAGAGAAAGGAGUUCCUGAUUUCUGGCUCACUGCAAUGAAAAAUAAUGAAGUGCUAGCUGAGGAGAUAACUGAGCGUGAUGAAGGAGCUCUGAAAUAUCUCAAAGAUAUUAAGUGGUCUAGGAUAGACAAUCCGAAGGGGUUCAAGCUUGAGUUUUUCUUUGACACCAAUCCAUAUUUCAAGAACUCUGUGUUGACAAAGACAUAUCACAUGAUUGAUGAAGAUGAACCUAUUUUAGAGAAAGCGAUUGGGACGGAAAUUGAAUGGCAUGCAGGAAAAUGCUUGACACAGAAGCUCCUUAAGAAGAAGCCUAAGAAGGGAUCAAAGAAUGCCAAGCCAAUUACUAAAACUGAAAGUUGUGAGAGUUUCUUCAACUUUUUCAGUCCACCUCAAGUCCCUGAGGAUGAUGAAGAUAUUGAAGAAGAUGCUGCUGAGGAGCUGCAAAAUCAAAUGGAACAAGAUUAUGACAUUGGGUCAACUAUUCGAGACAAGAUCAUCCCCCAUGCUGUGUCAUGGUUUACGGGGGAGGCUAUUCAGGAAGAUGAGUUUGGAGACAUAGAGGAUGAUGAUGAAGAUGAUGAUGUUGAAGAGGAUGAUGAUGAUGAAGAGGAUGAGGAAGAUGAAGAAGAUGAUGAUGACGACGAUGAAGAUGAAGAUGAAAGCAAGACCAAAAAGAAGUCAUCAGCUGGACACAAGAAGAGUGGAAGAACACAAGCGGCAGAUGGUCAGCAGGGCGAGCGCCCUCCAGAAUGCAAGCAACAGUAGACUAGAAGAGUUUGUUGUAGCAAAUGUUAAAUGCAUGAGAGUUGUGAUGGGGUCACUGCAAUGUUGAUCAAAAAGGGGUUUUCUGGCGAUUUUGGAUGGUUCCUUUUACUCCUAUAUUUUUUUUUCCCUUAUGUCAUAUGAUGAAUGAUUUUUAGCCUUUUUUCUCCUUUUUGUUCAUGUUGGUUUGAAGAGACUGGUUUUUAUAUUAAUGAGAGAUGUGCUAUGAUUUGUUGAUGCA